AAAUACAAUUUAUUUGAUACGAGCCUAGUCUCAAUCACAAUUUGGCUUGAAUUCUUCCCUUGAAAUUUCGGAAUUAGUUGACCGAACCAAUCAAUUGAUCCAUCUCAUACAUAAUUCAUAUUAACAGUAAGGAACAUUUGCAUCCGAAAGAUUGGGACGGGUAAUUUACCACUUCCUUGUCGUCAUUUCGUAUAUUGUCAUCCUGAUAUUACUUGUAAAUCAACUUUCUUCAUUUUCUUCCUAUAUCAUGUGUUUAUCACUCCUUUACUUUUCUGUAUACUGCGUUUGUUGAGCAUUUCUUCGCAAUGGCGGCAUUACAAUUCAUCACUCUAUUCGUUUGUCUUUCUGUGCAAGGGAUCUAUUCUCAAGAAAUUGUCAAUGGACAAAUAUAUACCCCCGGAAUCGCCAUAGUCGAUGCGCCGCAGCCUAAUACACCACUUGGAGGCGGUAAGUAGUAAAUACUUAAUCCUGACUGUUGAACAUUUACUAAUUGUUUAGAUUUCCUACAGGUUGCAAUGGAUGUUUCCUCAGAUGGGCAGCUCCAACUUCCACCUUAUCCAAAGAAUGCCGUCUCUGAGAUUUAUAAUAUCACCAUGUUUCUCUCCAGCUAUAUUACGGGCAAGAACUUUACAAUUUCGAAUGGUACGGCGACAGCAGGGAAUGCAAGUUUAGGAGAGAUCAUGGCUCAAGAGUCGAGUAGUACAGUUAAACAUGUGAAUUGGGUUUGGCCUGAUUGUCUUGUUGGUGACGGAACCUCGGAUAAGAAUACUUCAAGGGGGGCAUAUAACGUGCGCAUCUAGAAUUUUAAUUUAACAUUCAAUACUGACAUAUGGUAGAUUUCCAUCCGCCAAAAUUUUCGUUUGAACGGGACCAAUCAGUAUACAAUUUUCGACCUACCAAUCCAAGUCACCAAUUCUAUAUCCGAGAAAAGUGAUAGACCUUCUUGUGACUCUAUCAACAAUGAUUUGAUUCCUUGGGAAACAUUGGAAGCAACGGCGGAUAACUUCACUCGUAUUGCAGGCACGGCGAUACAAACUAGCGCCUCGUCUAAAGAUUCAACUGGGGCUGGAAGCUUUAUUGACUGGAGGACUGGUGCACAUUGCAUAUGGAUAGGAAGUCUGUUUUUGAUGUUUGCAUUGUAAUAUACUAAAGUGGGUGGGAUCUUGUGGGACUACUGAAUUUAAUCUAAUCCCUUAUAUCAACGGCCUGUCC